AUGAUCCCACCUCGAACAAAAGAACCCCUUAUCUUUCCAUCUCAUCCUUUGUCUAACACCGUUCGAUUGGGCGUUGUCGGCGAGUCAUUCCUUCGGGAAUUUAGUCAGGCGUAUGCUACCAUUGGCUUCGACAUCUCUGAGAAGCGGAUCGAGGAACUCCGAGCCAAGUACCGCGAUCAUGCGGCCCUCAAACUGACAAGCAACGAGGUGGAUUUGAGAAGGGCGACACACUACCUGCUCGCUGUCCCAACAUUUCCAAGAACAGAUUACUCUGCGGAUAUCUCUCACCUGAAAUCGGCUCUGUCGACGGUCGUACGUCGUGCAAGCCCGGACAGCACGAUUGUGAUCGAAAGCAAUGUCUCCGUUGGCACUACGCGAGCACUGUUCGACCCCGUCGGCCACAUCUUCCACACCGGAAUUUCUGCAGAAAGAUUUGAUCCCGGGCAAAAUCCUCCAGCAGGAACGGAUGUUCCAAAGCUUGUCUCAGGACUGACGCCGCAAGCGCAGAGCAAUAUACUGGCCCUUUACUCGACUGUUUUCCCCACUGUGCUCUCAGUAUCAUCCCCUGAAAUUGCAGAGAUGACCAUGCUCUUCGAGAAUUCCUAUCAAAUGGUCAAUAUCGCUUAUGUUAACGAAGUAAGUGAUGCUUGUCGGAAUUUGGGUUUAGAUCCUCGCGAGGUUAUCGAUGCUGCUUCCACAAAACCCUUCGGUUUUCACGCUUUUCAUCCUAGUCUGGGUAUUGGUGGCCAUUGCGUUCCUGUCAACGCUGUAUACCUUCUGGCGACGUACGAGAAUCUACCAGUAUUGACACAGUCAACCAAAAGCAUGAGAAACCGUCCGCGGCAGCUGGCGAGAGAGCUUCAUGGCCAUAUCAUGUCGGUAAAUUUGGGAUCAUCUGUGUUGCAACCAAGGAUCCUGAUCAUUGGCAUGAGUUUCGAAUCUGGCGGUUGCACACUGUCAUAUUUGCCGGCUGUUGACUUUGCGAGCGAAUUGGAGCAACUUGGAUGUGAAAGACUUGUAUACUAUGACCCUUCGUUCUCUGAUUCAGCACUCCUAUGGAUCGAGAAACUUGCCGACGAGGCUUUUAAUCCGAUCGAAGUGGUAACAAGCUUCGACGUCGUUGCUGUUUGCACUAGGCAACAAGGGGUGGACUAUGGAAUGCUCGGCAACCUUCCCUCGGAAAUGGUGUGGUAUUAUGACUGA